CCGAACGAGAACGAACGAACCCGCCGGCCUCCUCCCUCCCCCACCUCCCGCGCUUUUUAUCACCACUCACAGUCCCACACCACACGAGCAACCACGAGAGACGAGACCAGGAAGACGAACGUACGCCGACCUAGCGAAUAGCGAUGUGCCGCGCGACGACGAUGGACGACGGCCCCCACGGCGCGGCCUUCUUCCGGCCGAGCCGGGCCCUCGAGAUCCGCGCGUUCUACCUCCGCCUCUCCUCCCGGGCAGCGGCGCCGGCGGAGCUCACGCUCGUCUACCUCCCGGCCAUCGGCGGCGCCGCGCUGGGGCUCAACGGCCGCGCGCUCCCGCCGGCCGCGCCCGCGGAGGUGAGGCUCCGGCAGGUCGCGGGGCCCGCCGGGGACGCGGCGGCUUACGCGAGCGCCGACCGCGUCACCGCGGCCGAGGGCGCGAGGUUUGAGGUGUACACCGGAAAGGAGAGGGCGGCGGAAGGUGUCUUCAGCCGGCGCCGUGGCGGCGAGGGGUGGCGCGUGGAGUGUAGCCGGGCGACGCAUGCGUCGGUGGCGGAGGUGGUGGUGCUCGCGGAGGGUGGCGUGCUGAUGACGGGCAAGGCGAGAGCAUCGAGGCGGUUGGGCUGCGGGGCGACGAGGCUGGAGGGGAUACCUGAGGAAGCGACGGACGUCGGGUGGGGAUGCGAGUGCGGGGCGUGCGGGGAGGAGUGGGAGGUGGUCAGCGACGAGUCGGACGACGGCGAGGCGUGGAAAGACGAGGAGGUCGAGGUGGAGACGGUGAGGUGGGCGAUGGAGAUGGGGGUGUGGGCGUUGUGCCUUGGCGUCGGGCUGCUCGCCACGGCGAGGCAGUUCCGGCGGAAGCGCGCGUUCUGGUGAUCGCCGGUCGGCAUGGGCAUCCCGUCUCGCCAAGAGGAUUUUUUCUAGUUUCAAGUGUAAUAUCGAAAAUUUUGUGUAGGUUUCUCAGUGAUCUACUCUGUUUCACGAGUGUACAUUUCCUUCGAUCAACGAAUACUCUCCUUAAUCAU